CAAAAUUGUAUACUACAUUCAAAGUAUAUGUUAACAUAGUAUUUAAAUCCCACUAACUGACAAAGUAAAAUCUCAUCUAACUGUUUUCAUUUUCCUUUUCUCUCUCGAAGCAGAAAUGGGUUAUGCUCUGUUUAUAGAAUUUGUUUGACUGCCUGAAAUCUAUAUGGUUACUUUAUUGUUUAAGGGCCACAGUGGCCUUAAUUUAUUCUUCACCCUUUGUCAUUUCUUCUUCUAACAUUGGUUUUUCUUACCAAGAAAGUGACUCAAAUCUAUAUGGUUUCUUCAUUAUUCUUGAACUUUGUGAAGAGUUAGUCAGAGAAAAUGCAUGAUAUAGGGAUCUGAAAACAAUUCUUUCUUAUGAUUUGCCACUUAUUAGAGAGAAAGAAACAUCAAUGGCCGAAGCAGCACCUACAGUUGUUAUCAGACCUAAAUUCCAUAGCCCCAAGAAAGCUCAUCAACUCUCUAUGUCAUCAUUUUGCUUCUUCACUCCGAAACUUUCAGUCUUCCUUCUAUCUAUAUGUGUCACUCUCUUCACUCUCUUUCAAAUCCAGUGCCUCCAUUAUCCGCUGUCUUUAUCAUCACCAACAUGGUCUCUCAUGCAAAAAUGGCAGGAAUUCGCCACCACGUGCAAUCAAGAGCUUAAAUCCAUGGCGGAAAUGAGACUGAAACAAGCAGUCAUGUUUCUUCCCCUUAAGGAUAUACGUUAUCAAGAAAAAGCACUUCAAGGGCACACAUGGUUCAUGAGUUCAAUGUAUGACACUCAUGAAGAAGGUGAAGUACAGUACCAACAAUUUCCUUCAGAAUCAUCGAAAGGUAGACUUCUUUGCUUGAAAGGGAAUGACACACAUGAUGGUUCUUGGAAUUCUUAUGCCUUAGCUUGGCCUGAAACCCUACCUUUAAAUGCUACUCUUUUGAAAGGUUUAACUUUUGUGUCAUAUAAUCAUUACGACUAUAAUAAUAUUUGGCAUGGGUUAUCAGCUAUUGUACCAUUUGUUGCUUGGCACAAAGGAAAUGGAGGUGAACUGCCUAGUAGAUGGAUUUUGUAUCACUGGGGUGAGCUUAGAUUCAACAUGGGUUUAUGGCUAAGUACUCUAACUGAGGCUACAUUUGGUUCACCACCAAACAUUGAAGGCUUUGGAUGGGCUAAUAACAAUGAGCCAAUUUGCUUUGAAAAAGCUGUUGUGAUGAGGCAUAAUGAAGGUGGGAUGUCAACAGAUAGGAGAAUCGAGACUUAUGAUUUCAUGAGGUGCAAGGCUAGGGCAUACUGCAAUGUGAGUUUGGAGGGUGGAAACAUGGUUAGUGAGAAAGGAUUGCCAGUGAUUGGGAUGACAUUGUUUAUGAGAACUGGACCAAGAUCUUUCAAGAAUGAGUCUGCUGUUGUUAGAAUCUUUGAAAAGGAAUGUGCUAAGGUUGAUGGUUGCAGGUUGAUGGUGGCUUACUCCAAUAAUCUUACUUUUUGUGAACAGGUAAAGCUAAUGAGCAUGACAGAUAUUUUGAUAUCUCCUCAUGGUGCCCAAUUGACCAACAUGUUCCUGAUGAACAAAAACAGUAGUGUCAUGGAGUUUUUCCCCAAGGGAUGGUUAAAACUUGCUGGUGUAGGUCAAUUUGUCUACCACUGGAUAGCUAGUUGGUCUGGGAUGAAACACCAAGGAGCAUGGCGAGACCCGGACGGCGACCACUGCCCCUACCCGGAUGAUGAUCGCCGGUGUAUGUCGAUCUACAAAGGUGGUAAGAUUGGCUUCAAUGAGACUCAUUUUUCCGAAUGGGGUAGAAAUGUUCUCAAUGAAGUGAAAUUAAGAAAGGCGGAGGAGAUGUCACAUAAGAGUAGUGAUUUAAUUUAUAGUUGUGCUUUUUAGAUUGCAUAGUAUUUCUAUUUUUGUUCUUUUAAUUUUACAUUUCCAUGUCAUGGCAUAUGAGUACUAUAAAUUUUUCAGUGUGUUGUAUGAGUACUUAAUGAAAGUGGGUUUUCUGAUUUAGUCUCAAUGAUAGUGUGUCAUUAAGCUUGACAUAUGGGUUCUGUCUUCUUUUCUUUUCUUUUUUUCAAAGAAAAAGAGACCAUCAAAAUUAAA